AUGAUGAAGCAGUCGCUCUUCUAUACUGACCAGUUCGGACUGUCAACUUCAAGGACUCGCCAGACGGGAAGGAGGUCGAUCGUAUCCAGACGAGCACAGAAGAUCCCUAAUAUGCUGUGGCGCUGUAGCUUGUCGGCAUGCAGCAUGUUGUUGUCAAGGGAUCGAAGUGGUGGCCGCCCGGUGGAAGGCAGGACCGAUACCGGACGACGCAAUACCGUCGGUGCUGUUCUAUCGACAGCGUCACGGUCUCCGCUACUCGCCACACAGACUCAACUGUCCUGUCCUCGACAGCUUGCCACAACUUCACGGUUGGGCUCUGGACUUUUGGGCGUGCGGAACAAGGGCUUGCACCUGUUUCGUGACGAAGCCGAGUACUCGGACUAUUUGUCGGCCUUCGUGACAGGGCAGCACUUUGAACGCCCUGGAGAUGGCGUGAUCUUCUACGAGCUCGAAACACACUUGAGCAAGCAACACUGGCGCGUCAUGCGUCGGUUCUCCGAGUUUCGUGCACUUCGACAGCAGCUCAUCAAGCACUUUAGCCGGAACAAUCGACGAUCUGCGCCACGGUGUGCAAUCUGCGAGAACGUCUUGGCUUCAAUUGUGGCCACCAUUUUCCCCUCGCGGCAUGUCUGGGGCCCACAUCUCUGUUGCAGCUCGUCUGAAGGUGCACUGGAGGAGACGUGUAUCCAAGAGCGAAAAUCGCGCUUUCAAGAGUUUGUGGCUAUCUGCUUACGUACAAUUCGAAGUCUUCGCCAGCACAAUCGCGUGAUGCCAGAAAACACUACAUGCGAAGUCAGCGUGGCCUUGCAAAUGACGGAAGAGUUUUGGGGGUUGAGCUUUACGCGGUACUUGGGCUUCCUUGGAGAACGUGGAGUUGUUGACGACAUGCCAGUGAUGACUCGACACAGUCUUCCGUUGCGGCAGCGACAAGAGGAAAAGAGCAUCAAUUGA